AUGCAGAACUUGUGUUCUGUUGCCCCUUCUUCUGCUCUGCUCGAUGAGCUGAUGAAGAAUACCGAUUUGAUUGACAAGCCCUCGAAUGAGUGGAUUCACCUUGAUGCGAGGAUGUUCGAGAUAAAGGAGAGUAUGUCUAUGCUAAAGAGUUCUCUUGGCCAAAAAGUUGGUGAGCUCAAGUCUCUUGUGGCUACUCUGCUCGAACGCAAGGAAACCUACUUUUGCCUCGAACGUAAGUAUGCUUCUCUGUCCCAAAAUCGUGACAAGUUGUUGGUCAAGUUUGACACCCAUGUUGAAGCCACGAAGGGGUCCAAGCAUGAGAUUACUGUUAACGAGUACAAGCUGGGAUACUUGGACUAUAGGAAAGGUGAUUCUCCAUGUUGCCCCAUCGAAGAUGAAGGUGGUGAGCAGAUCUAUCUUGACCUGCUCCCUACUCAAAGUGAUCAGAUCAGUUAUGUGGAUGUAGAAGCAGUUGAGGAGCAAAUAGCUAAUUAA